AUGAGUCCUUUUGUCCAUCAAAAUACGACCUUGAAAAUCACCAGUCUUCCCGAAAAUGGGUUCGAGGCUGCAUCUGACCUCUCCGUCAGCGCCGACAAAUCACUCAGUAGCACCGACAAUCCAGACCUGGAAGCCUUCCGAGAGACCGGUGGCAAGUUCCUGCCUUGGCACGGCCUGGUUGACUAG